GUAUUUGUUGUCUCCCUGCCAUGUAGCCCUAUACUUAAACGAAGUCCCGAUAUCACCAAAUCACCACUGAUAAAGUCAGAACAACUUCUCAAAAUAGAUGACCAUGACUUCAGCAUGCGACCAGGCUUUGGAGGCCCUUCAAUUCCUGUUGGAGUUGAUGUACAAGUUGAAAGUCUUGACAGCAUUUCAGAGGUUGAUAUGGAUUUCACCAUGACGCUUUACCUGAGACACUACUGGAAAGAUGAAAGAUUGUCAUUUCCAAGUACCAAUAACCAAAGUAUGACUUUUGAUGGCAGACUUGUGAAAAAGAUCUGGGUGCCUGACAUGUUCUUUGUCCAUUCAAAGCGUUCCUUUAUCCAUGACACAACAACAGAUAAUGUCAUGCUUCGAGUACAACCAGAUGGGCAAGUACUUUACAGCUUGAGGGUCACUGUAACAGCAAUGUGUAACAUGGAUUUCAGUCGUUUUCCCCUUGACACGCAGACAUGUUCUCUGGAAAUUGAAAGCUAUGCUUAUACUGAAGAUGAUCUCAUGCUGUACUGGAAGAAUGGGAACGAAUCCUUGAAAACAGAUGAUAGAAUAUCAUUAUCUCAGUUCCUUAUACAAGAGUUCCACACCACCACCAAACUCGCUUUUUAUAGCAGCACAGGUUGGUACAACCGUCUCUUCAUCAACUUCACAUUAAGACGACAUAUCUUCUUCUUCUUGCUUCAGACCUAUUUCCCUGCCACUCUGAUGGUCAUGUUGUCUUGGGUUUCUUUCUGGAUAGACCGCCGUGCUGUGCCUGCAAGAGUUCCCUUAGGUAUCACGACAGUACUGACCAUGUCUACCAUCAUCACUGGUGUCAAUGCCUCCAUGCCUCGAGUUUCCUACAUCAAAGCUGUGGACAUUUACCUCUGGGUCAGUUUUGUGUUUGUCUUCCUCUCAGUAUUAGAGUAUGCUGCAGUGAAUUACCUGACCACAGUGCAAGAGAGAAAAGAAAGGAAGCAAUGCGAGAAGUUUUCUGGUGCUUCUGCAAUCCCACAGCCAAAGCAAAUGACAGGGAUGGAAGGCAGCUACAGUGAUGGAGAAGUAAAUGAAUUAGGGCAAUAUGUGUCUGAAAAUGGAGGCAAAGAAGACAGAAUGAUGGUCCAGUUGGGUCUUGGAUCAGAAGGAAAUUCAAAUAGGAGGAAAAUCCAGAGAUAUAGCAGCAUGAGAAUUGACACUCAUGCCAUUGACAAGUAUUCCAGAAUAAUAUUUCCAGGAUCAUACAUUUUAUUUAAUUUGAUAUACUGGUCCAUUUUUUCAUAGUUCUUUUUUCUGUAGCUAUUUUUUAUGUGCUUGCAACAAUAUCAUGCAUCAAUUAUCAAGUAAAUUUGAAAGUGGAAACUGAAUGUUCUUCGUUCUUCCUGAUAAAGUUUGGUACUUAAUAUGAAUAUCACUUAAAUAGCUCUCCUGUUCAUUUUCUUGUGAUUUCAAUGGGAAAUAGCAAAGAGAAGAGAAAAGCCUACCUUUUGCAAAGGGGAUUCUUUGAACAGGGUUUGCAUUUUAAAAGACUUGUACUAAAUUACUAAAGGACAAAAGAAGGCAAGAAGAUACUUUAAAGUUCUCCUUUGAAACUUCUGAUUAUGGAAUUUUUAUUUCAGCUACAGAAAUGGACUAUAUUUUAAUUUUUUUUUCAGUUGUAAAUAUAUUAUGUGCCAUUAAGUCAUUAUUGAUUCUUAACCACCAUAUAGGUACCAGGACGAUUUAUCUCCAAUCUGGCCCAUCAGAUCUUCAAAUAAUGUACCCAUUGCCAGUUUGAGUCUAUUCACUUUGCUGCUGAUUGUCCUCUUUUUCUCUGUCUUCUUACAUUUCCCAAAAUUAUUAACCUUAAAAUGUGAGCUUGGUGAUUUUUUGUUUUCAAUAGGAAGUUUGCACUGAUUUGUUCUAUGAUCAAUUAGUUUUCUGGCUACUCACCGUAUUCUCAGAAGUCGUCUCCUACACCAAAGUUCAAAAGCAUCGAUAUUAUUAUUUUUUAAAUCAUAAAUUAAAAAUCUCUUUGUAGAUAAAUUACAAAUGUAGAUACUCUACAGCUACUCUACAAGAUUUAAUAAUCUUAAAAGAAGUGUAGAUGUUAAGCUUGUAUUUAUUUCGCUUAGAAUUUUCUGCCUUAGUAAAGAAAAUAUUUUUUGAUACCUAAAAGUAUUAUGGCAUGUUAGAAAAACAUUUUAUGAAGGCCAUUUAAUGAAUUACCAAUACUGCUGGUGCCUAAAUUGAAUGAGGUUUUUUUUUGUUUAAAUCAACGAAUCUGACAUUUUAAAGGAGACAGAGAUAUAUAUAAAAAAAUGG